UAGGUCAUGUGUGGACUUCUGACUAUGGUUGUUCAGACAAAGAAGAAGAGUUCCAAUGGUUGAUCAAGUAUGCACCACUGCAUAAUGUGAAAAGACCAUGGGAGCAGUCUUCUAUAAUUCCCGACAAUACCCUCCAACUUUAUUGUUGACAGCUGAUCAUGCUGACAGAGUUGUGUCGUUGCACACUAUGAAAUUAUUAGUUAUGAUGCAAUAUGUGUUGUGCACAAGCUUGGAGAAUAGCCCACAGACAAUUUACAACCAAGUGUUCAGAUUUAUAAUCGUCCAGGAGUUUUCACCAGAUGGUAAGUUCAUUGUUACUGCUGACUGUGAUUUCAAAAUUCAUGUCACCAUGCUCCCGAAGAAACCUAUAGAUGGAGCUCAUGAGAUUCAAAGUUACUGCCUUGGACAUACAGAGUCACUCACUGGAAAUGCCAUAGUUGACUGCUCAAUAAGUUUGACAUGGUUUAUAAACUUUGACAUGAUGUGUCUAUUAUUGUUAACAUUAUACUCUUGUCAUGCAUCUAUAUUCACUGGAAGAUUUGUCUCCUGCCUAGCCUUUGCCUGGACAGACAUACGGAUGAAAGUGGAAAUCCCUCAAGAUACAGAGCUUGUGGAGCCGCUAGAUGAAGCUUGUAUAUGGCGCCAAGCAAGAGGCACCACCACUGAAACUUUAGGAGCCGAGAACAAAGUUGAAUCCAUGGAGAAGAUUUGUUUUAUCUUUCCAUGCAGUAAAGACUUGGAGUUGAAUUUGGCUAAGUCAUUCAUGAGUGAGAUGGGUCAAUGUACAACUGCUUAUCCAUAUAAUCAGUUGCUUGGAGCAUUAGUCUUAAAGAAUUAUGAAAGGCAAGAUGCAACUUUACUUAGUUGGAAUUUGAUGCACAGAGUAGAUUAG